AUGGGCAAAUCUACUACGAAGACCCGAAAGAAAAUAACAAUCCAAAGCCUUGUCCGUCUCUAUGAGAAAGAAGAGCCGAUCAGUGUCCUCACUGCCCAUGACUUCCCAAGCGCGAGUGUUGCCGAAGCUGGAGGAAUGGACAUAGUGUUGGUCGGGGAUAGCUUGGCCAUGGUUGCAUUGGGCAUGGAGGAUACAAAUGAGGUCCUCGUGGAGGAAAUGCUACUGCACUGUCGUAGUGUCUCACGGGCUGUCGAAAGUGCAUUCACUAUCGGAGACCUGCCCAUGGGCUCCUAUGAGGUCUCGCCGCAACAAGCCAUGCAAACAGCCGUUAGGUUUGUCAAAGAAGGUCGUAUGAACGGCGUGAAGCUCGAGGGAGGCGAAGAAAUGGCACCAACCAUUAAACGAAUCACUGAUGCGGGUAUUCCAGUGAUGGCGCAUAUUGGGCUUACCCCCCAAAGACAAAAUGCUCUCGGCGGAUUCAGAGUUCAAGGAAAAACAGCUGCUGGUGCAUUGAAGUUAUUGCGCGAUGCCUUGGCAGUGCAAGAAGCGGGUGCUUCUCUGAUCAUUAUAGAAGCAGUACCUGCUGAGGUCGCUGCUCUAGUAACCAGUAAGCUUCGGGUUCCAACAAUUGGAAUUGGAUCAGGUAAUGGGUGUUCCGGGCAAGUGCUUGUUCAAAUUGAUAUGAUGGGCAAUUUUCCACCUGGAAGAUUUUUGCCCAAGUUUGUUAAAACGUAUGCGAAUGUCUGGAAUGAAGCUUUGCAGGGAGUUGAGAGGUACAGGGAUGAUGUCAAAAGCAGAGCUUAUCCUUCGUCGGAGUAUACAUACCCUGUGUCGGAAGAGGUGAUUGAAGAGUUGCGGCGAGUGUUGGAUGAUAGUCAUCGGAAAUAG